GCGUGACCUCCCGGGGCACGACGGCGUGAUCUGAUCGGCUUCUGCGGACAAUAUGCAAGCGUUGUGAAGCCCGCUAUCCGACCCAACUAACGACCAUGAGAAUGGGGCUGCGGAUGAUGCUGCGGCACGUGCUGGCGGUCCUGGCUCUUCUGGCCGCGCCGUCAUGGGCACGCUUCACCAACGCCUUCGACGGCAUCAACUGCGGAUCGGACCUGGUCUUGACGUGGGACGCUGUGCCGCCCCAGUACUACCCGCCGUGCAUCACGGCGCAGGUGAUUGACAGAAAUGGCGAUGGUUUCAGCGCAAAUGCAUAUCGUGUCAAUAUUACGACCGGGGUCAGCGGAACUUCGUACACUUGGGAGGGAGCACCAUACCCGCUCCGCUGGAUCCUUGGCGGACUGUAUCAGCUCGAGUUGAGGCCGAUGAGCUGGCCGGGGGGAGACGUGCCGUUGUUGGCCAAGUCACCCUCCUUCACUAUUGCGGACGCGGGGGUUGCGGCACAGCCGGAUGGGUCGGCAGAAGAGGUGAGCGAAUUCCCCAACUCAGCAGCGCCGCGGGCGGGACGAAGGAGGAAGGAGAGGGAGUGUAGCCAAGCUGACGGAUGCUUUUUUUUAUUCCUUCUCUAUUCGUUUCAAACAGCCAGCGCCAGAAGAUUCUCAGAGCGAUAGCGAACCUGCCAUCAGCAAACCAGCGGCCAUCGGGAUCGGUGUGGCCAUCGGGGUAGUAUCAAUAGGUGGAAUGCUGCUUGUCGGCGGGUUUCUUAGGAAACGGCGUCGCAAGGCCGUCACGAAGAGCCGAGUUGAGAGAGGGAACUUUGUCAUUAGCUGAACGAAUUGCACUGCCGUAUCAGACAGCGACUAGUCACUAGUACUUCGUCGCACACACGAAGUGUCUGCUGC